AUGGAUGGAACUUGGAGAUUUGGUAAACCGCUGUCUGUUAUUCAUGAUAAGAUUAAAGAGAGUGUGACUUAUCUGAUGAUUAUUUUGAACUUUGGGUGCGGUAUAAUAGGAUAUUUCAGAACUCGCAAAUGGUUCGACAGCUAUGAUGAUCAGGAAACGGUCAUUAUGGAUGAUUUCUAUGGUUAUAUUCCCUGGUCAGUUCUCCUUAAUAUCACUGAUAAAUUUUCAUGUAAAGUAGAUGCCAGUCCCAGUCAGUGGUAUGAGGGUUUUGAUAAGAAUGAUUGA